UUAAGGAGACCCGGAAGUGGUUGUUAAACCGGACGUUCUAAAUCUUCAAUGUGACUUACCGUGGUACACACUGUUAUGUCUUAAUACUGUGUACGAGUAGUGGUUUAGAGUCUACAAAAUGUUUCUUACCACCGUAAACUUGGCUAAGGCAAAAUCAAAGACCAUCCUGGUGCAGAUGAUGAGCGCGGCAGGGACAGGUUACUUUUUCAACACACGGAGGAACCGUCUCAGAGACAAACUGGUGCUGCGCAAACAUGAUCCAAUUGUGAACAAGCAUGUCCUAUUCUUUGAGAAGAGGAAGAUCAGAUCGAUUUAACAAUGUACAAAAAUACAUGGACAACCUACAAGGUUUAAAUGGACGAUUUCUUUUGUCAUGGAUUGUACAAGGUAUUGGUCAGUCCGUUCUGAUUGGCUGGCUGACAUGUGUCCAGAGGAUUUCUUCUUGGAUCUGUCAGAAGUCUUCUCCUCUACCCGCUGCACCAGUUCAGCAUGGUGCAAACCCCGGCCGAGCUUCAGCAAAGUCUUCAUUACCACCACUUAAAACAAGAAACUACUACUCCUGUGUAAAAGUGAAUUAAUGGAAUAAUACUACAUAGGUUUUCAGCAGAAUUAUAAAGUAUCACUGAUUAUGAUUCAGUUAAGUGUUGUAAAACUGGUAAAUGUUCCAUGAAUCAUUUGUGAAAUAGGAUCUAUUUGAGGUUAAUUCAAUAAAUUGAGUCAUUAUGUACUGCAGAUGCUUAAGUGUUAAGAUGCUUAUCAUAUAUUGAACUGUUAAAAAAUAUUGAGAUUAAAAAGAACAAAAACAUA